CCCCCCGGCUAGCAGCUGUGCACCUCAGCCACAGCUCUGGCCUCCUUCUCAGCCACUGCCACAGCCAUGGCUCAGCCGCUGGCUCUGAGUCUCCUUAUCCUGGUCCUGGCACUCUGCAUCCCCCAGAUCCAAGGCAGUGAUGGAGGGGCUCAGGACUGUUGCCUCAAAUACAGCCUAAGGAAGAUUCCCCACAAGGUUGUCCGCAGCUACCGGAAGCAGGAGCCAAGUUUAGGCUGCCCCAUCUCAGCUAUCCUGUUCUCACCCCGGAAGCGCUCUCAGCCGGAGCUCUGCGCAGACCCCAAGGAGCCCUGGGUGCAGCAGCUGAUGAAGCGUCUGGACAGGCCGCCAGCCCCACAGAAACAAGUCCAAGCCUGUAGGAAAGACGGGGGCGCCUCCAAGUCCGGCAAGAAGGGAAAAGGCUCCAAAGGCUGCAAGAGGACUGAGCAGCCGCAGACCCCAAAAGGGCCAUAGACCCGUGACCAGCCUGCAGCACAGGAGGCCCCCACCAGCCUCCCUGGGGCUUGGAGUCCCAAAGCAAGGGGCAAGAAGUGGACUUGGAAAGAGAUUGAACUCAGGGGCCCCAGAGCAGCCACGCUGUGCAGGCUUUGCCACACCCCUUCUCCUGCUUCAACCAUCCCGUCUGCCUUCCCAGCUCAGCCCGAGCCAGGCCAGGCCCAGAGAGACAGGAGAGAGAGAGAGUCUCCUAGGGAAUGCAAGAGGAGGCAGCAGGACUGCCCCAGUGAGAGGUCACCCUGGCCCUGGCCCUGACCCUGCUGUGCCCCCUUCUUCCUUGUAAAUAUGAUUUAUACCUAACUGAAUAAAAAGCUGUUCUGGCCUCCCA